AUGGUAUUAUUAGUCUUAACUGACCGUAUUAGAGGCGCAGUUCGUCAAGCUUUACAAUCCCCAGAUUUUGAUGAAUCGGCUAAACGAAGAUUAAAAUCUUAUCUUACCAGUUCUUCUUGUAUUCCUCUUGACCUCAUGAAAGAGGUAUCAAAAUUCCUAACUAAUCGCGAUGGAAAACUUGGAAAAGAAAUUGGUCUUUCAGAAUUCUGGUUACAUGAAUUACUUAAUGAAAGUGGAGUUUACGUGGAGCCACGAAAAAAAGAAACAAAGGAUCCCGAAUUACUUGCUAGAUUAGAAUCUAUUCUAGCUGAUCAAGCAAAUAAAGAAUAUGCUCGUAUGGUUGGAAAGGUUGCAUCUUCUUAUGAUGUUGAAACUUUUAAAAUUCUUGAUACUGAAGAAUUUCAAAGUGUUCGAGGUCAACUUACUGCAAUAAUUAAUAUCACGUUUACGAUUGUGGCGGUAUUUGCGGCGGUUUAUCAUGUAGCACAGAAUAUUACUGGUGAUACGGGAAUGCGCGUGUUACUCGCAUUGGCCGGAAGUGCUAUCAUCGGUGUAGCAGAAACAUUCUUGUACAUGCGAUACUUAACUGGUUAUGAUAAAAAACCAGAAAAAAAGGAACAUAAGAAACGUAGAAGAUCAUCAGCCGCUAAUGUUACUAUUAAUAAUAAUAAAGUUUCCGCCGCCAAGUUUUAUUAUUCUACACCGAGAUCAAAAUCCCUAUAA